AUUCUGUAUCGUAUAGUUUAAACUCGUUAUGAUUAUUGAUUGGGAUUUUACACUAACGCGUAAACUUUUGUUUAUAGUUGCUGUUUUACUACUAGUUUUGUUUAUGAAAAACGCUAUAUUUACGGAACCUAAUUACUUUUAAUAUUAAAUAAGUUAAAUACAUUUAUAAUAUAAUGGGAAGCGCUACUAAUAGGCGUGUUUCUUAUUUUUAUAAUUCCGAUGUCGGUAAUUUUCAUUAUGGUCCUGGCCACCCAAUGAAACCACAUCGACUAUCAGUAACUCAUAGUUUGGUUAUGAAUUAUGGACUACACAAAAAGAUGAAAAUUUAUAGACCUUAUAAGGCAAGCGCACAGGAUAUGCUACGCUUCCACAGCGAAGAAUAUAUUGAAUUUUUGCAGCAAGUUACACCGCAAAAUAUUCAGUGCAACUCUGUUGGAUAUACAAAAUAUUUAUCGCAUUUUAGCGUAGGAGAAGAUUGUCCUGUUUUCGAUGGCCUUUUUGAAUUUUGUUCGAUGUACACUGGAGCGUCGUUGGAAGGUGCACAAAAACUAAACCACAAUCAUAGUGACAUAUGCAUAAAUUGGUCUGGUGGCUUACAUCACGCCAAAAAAUUUGAAGCUUCUGGUUUUUGUUAUGUAAAUGAUAUUGUUAUUGGAAUUUUAGAGCUAUUGAAAUACCAUCCUCGGGUUCUUUACAUUGACAUAGAUGUUCAUCAUGGUGAUGGAGUGCAAGAAGCUUUUUAUUUAACAGAUCGUGUAAUGACAGUUUCGUUUCACAAAUAUGGAAAUUAUUUUUUUCCUGGCACUGGAGAUAUGUAUGAAAUUGGUGCGGAUGCUGGACGAUUUUAUAGUGUCAAUGUUCCAUUAAAAGAAGGCAUUGAUGACAUAAGUUAUUUUCAAGUGUUUAAACCGAUUAUUUCCGCCGUUAUGGAUUUCUAUCGCCCUACAGCAAUUGUACUUCAGUGUGGAGCGGAUUCUUUGGCAGGUGAUCGAUUAGGAUGCUUUAAUCUAAGUACAAAAGGCCAUGGGGAGUGUGUAAAAUUUGUAAAAGGUCUUAACGUACCAACGCUAGUUGUUGGUGGUGGUGGUUAUACAUUACGCAAUGUUGCAAGAUGUUGGACUCACGAAACUUCGCUUUUAGUUGAUGAAAAUAUAUCAAAUGAAAUACCUAUGAAUGAAUAUCUAGAAUACUUUGCGCCUGAUUUUACAUUGCACCCAGAACCAAAUAACCGACAAGAAAAUGCCAAUUCUAAACAGUAUUUGGAAUUGAUAGUUAAGCAUGUAUAUGAAAAUUUAAAAAUGUGUCAACAUUCGCCAAGUGUACAAAUGAUACAAACUCCUCCAGACGCCAUUGAUAUGGAAGAAACACGUAUAAAAGAAGAACCGGAUCCUGAAGUUCGCAUUUCACAAACAGAGGAGGAUAAAAUGAUAGAGCCCAAAAAUGAAUUUUACGAUGGGGAUCAAGAUCAAGAUAAAGCCGAUACUACUGACAGUUAGUUUGUCAAUUUUGACUCGAACAUAGGAAGUAUUUGGUGCGAAAAACGAGACAUGGGACAAACUUCAAAUUAUGUCUUAAGCUUAGUAUUAAAAACAAAUUGUAAAUUUAGGAUUCAUUAAAUUGUAAAAUUUUAAGCUUAUGAAGUCAUUAAGACUUAUAGCUUAUUAUUAAGUAACUCUUAGUUUCAUUCAAAGUAGAACGAAAACAGCAUUUAUUUGGUUCAUGCAAUAUAAGAAGAGAAAUACUUAGUUUUUUUUUUCAUGUUAAAUUUUUUCAAUUUGUUUCUACUUUGAGCAAUAAAAAUAUUAAAUGAUAAUUUUCUAAAAAGUCUCUGCAAAAAUCUUGCUAAUUUGUUAUGCUGAAUAUUAAGAAUUGAACAAUUAUCAAUGUUAAGCUAGACUAUUAAAAUUUUACAAUGACUAUUUUUAUUUGCAAGUUGAAAUUAAAUGAUGCGGCCUAUUUAUAAAUAGA